GCGGGAAGCUCGAGAUAAAGAGCUGGAGGGAAGAGGUGGACUGUGCUUCAGAUAUGGGGCUCUGCUUUUAUAGCGCUGAUAUGAUACCAUGGGAAGAGGCAAUUGGAGUUUAUUGGACCGGUAUCUGGAUCCAAGGCUGCCUAUCGUGGCGCCCAUUUAUCCUGUUGCGAAGGAGCGUGAGGGCAGGCGAGGCGGACCUUGGGGCAUGAAUCAACCGGCCGCCUACACGCCUCUCGAGUCGCUGUUCCUGUUCCAGUCGCUGCUAUCCCACGGGGUCGACGGCGGGGCGUUUGCGCGCAUCUCUGAGCUUCUCAAGGGGAAUGCCCUCAUCAAGAGCGGCAGCACGUACGAUGCUGCGCGUCUGAGCCCGGAGGCUCUGCAGCAGCUGUUCCUGCAGCUGUUGCGAGAUGAGAUCAACAGCGAGGCGGAGCGUGCCGACGGGGAUGGAGCAGCAGCGGGAGGUGGAGGAGGAGUUGGUGGUAGCGAUGGUUCGCGCAAGAGGAAACUGUCGAGCCCGCCGUUACCGACACUCAAAGAGGUGUACGAAAACGUCGACAAGAUUCCGAUUCUGGUCGAUCGAUUAUACGCACGAUAUCGAGAUCAUACGGUGGGGCUGAUUCGCGAGGAUGAACGCCGGUUUGCGAUGCUACAGAGGGAGAUUCAGCUGCUGGAACGAAGCGAAAAGGAGCGGCUUGCUAAAGUGGCGGCCAGCCAGAAUGUGACGCCGACACUGGCUCCGCGAGAUCCAAGGACGGCAGCAGGGACAGCAUCGACGACGACGACGCCUGUGGCAGCGGGAGCGCAACCACCAGUGCCGCCUUCAAAUGGAGUGGCUCCUUCUCCAGGACAAGCACCAGCAGCCCCAGCGGGCGUCAGAAAGGGGCCAACCCCGAACACACAUGUCCCGCCGCCGAAGCCUCCCAUGUCCGGUAUUGCAGCACCAAAGGUCGCGCCACCCAGUCAGUUGGUGCCUGGAACGCCGCCCCCUCGAUCGUCUGCCUUGCCGAAACCGCCAAAUGGAGCUUCUGUACUCCAAGCGCCUCCUGGGGCUCCGACGCAGUCAACCGCGCAGGUACUCCAGCCACCUACACAGCAGCCGCCAAAGCAAAUCAUUUCUCCUCGUCCAGAGACUGCUGUUCCGCAGCCGCAGCCGCCGCAACCACAGACCGCUCCAGGAACAGCGGCCCCUGGUUCUCUCAAGUGGGAGAAGCCUUAUCAACCUCCGCAGACGGCACAGGCUCCAUCAGCUGAGCAAUUCUCACCACCAAUACCCCCUUCCACAAACAAUGUUGCUCUUCAAAAGCCUCCUCAGACACAACAACCACAGCAGCAACAAAUAUCGCCGACACCACCACCACCGUCUCAGCAGCAGCCGCAGCCGCAGCCGCAGCAGUGGCAACGACAGCCAGUACCACAUCCACAACAUCCAACUCCUCAGCAAACACAACAGCCACAUGCUCAGUAUCCUCCACAACCUCCGCACGGACAAGCUGCACCCACACCACAACAACAGCAGGCUCGUCCAAGCCCAGCAAAGCCUGUUCUCGUCCACCCUCAGUCUGUAGGACAGCUGGUCGCUCCUCUACACCCUGGACCUCCUCGUCCAGUUGGGCCAGGCGCGGUGCCGCAAGUUCGCCCACCAUCAACAACGCCCUCAGCUACCCCAGGGCGCCCUAUCCAACCUCAGCAACAGCCCCAAGCUCAUCUGCAGCAGCAGGGUCAACAGCCAACCCCUCAAACUCAACAUAUCCAGAGAGCACUGCCAGCCCAAACGUCUUUACUCGCCCAGAAAUUCCAGGCUAGGGGCCAGAAUCAGCGGCCACUUGCUUCCGCAACUACUCCCAAAGGAACACCUUCGGUUUCUGCCGGUGGAUCUCCCAUCCCCAACAAGGCAGCUCCUGGAGCAAUUACGACGCCGCGAUGGCAGCCGGGCGCUUCUGCAGCACAGCACGGGGCCCGAGUCGCGCCUCCUGCUUCUCCUGCGCCUAAAGAUAAGACGUUCAACUCGACGAAUGCUGCCCAAGCGCCGCGCCCUAUCCCAGAGCAUGUGAUUCGGCAGGUUGCUGCUACGCCGCCUGUGAGGCGUCCUAGUCCGGCGUCCUCCGUGCCACGGACUCCAGCACCGUCCAGUCCCGUGUCCCUUAAACGAGGUUUCGGAACGAAAUGGGCCUCUCAGUCGACGCCGUCUACACCCGGUCCUAUAACAUCGGAGCCAGAGAGCCCGGCGUAUGAGCCUGUUAGCCCUCCUAUUCCAAGAACUGCAGUCGGAAAGGACUCGGCCAAGGCAGUUCCCAAGUUGGCUGUACCGAAACCGAGUCCGAAAGUCGAAGCAACACCCCCUGCAAAGGCGCCCCGCGGGCGACCCCCGCGAUCGAUGCAGAAAGGCCGCGGUGCGAGCGCAACUCCAUCUGCUACGGGCACGAGGAGAAGCCAGUCCGUGGUGUCUCAAACAGAUGAGCUCUCCCUAGAUCAUUCCGUGACUAAAGUGAAGAAGGAAGCUGCUGCCACGCCGCGUCUUCGUGAAGAAACCGGCGAUACCACUGCCGAUGAAAGCAUGCCAGGACGUGGCCUCUUAGGCACACCAAAUAGUAUGGCCCGUGCAUCCAAGCGGAAGCGGCAAGAUACCCCUACUGACCUUCAAGGCCCUCCAACGCACGUUCUAUGGACUAGAGGAUUCACAAAGGUCUCCUCGUCCGCCCUCGAUCAGAUAUCAAGUCACCGCGACGCAAACAUGUUUGCGACUGCUCUGCGAGAGAAAGACGCACCGAAUUAUAGGCAGAUUGUACUGCAACCGCAAGACAUUACGUCUAUUCGUUCUGCGAUCAAGGCAGGUAACAAGGCAGCACUGCAAGCAGCAGCUAGUCUGCCCGGUGGUGAUCCUGGUACGGCAAGUGUCUGGCUCCCCAUCUCUGAUGAUCUCGUCCCUCCCAGAGGAAUUAUCAACAGCGCUCAUCUUGAGCGCGAGCUAGUACACAUGUUCUGUAAUGCGAUCAUGUACAACCCAGAUCCAGAUCGCGGCCCCGGGCCAGCAUUCUUGAGGAGAUCUCAGGACGACGAGGAAGAAGUUGUUGGGUACCGGCUCGACGAGAAUGGGGUUGUCAAAAACACACAGAGCAUGUUCCUGGAGGUCGAAAAGCUGCUCGGGGACCUGCGAGCGGCGGAGAAGGAUCGAGGCAUUCCGCCGAUAUCUACGACUAGGCAAGGCAGCGUAGCCACCCCGGCGGAAGACACUGCCGAGGAGGAGGAUGAACUUGCUGGCGAUGGAGAUUCAGCCUCGGCCUCGGGGACGGCCAAGAGGCGGCGCAUCAGCACCAGGAGUUAGAUACAGCCUGUGCGUAUGAAAAUGCGUGGCGAGACGACACCUCGUGGGACAUCUCUUGGGACGACUCGUGGAACGAGAUCGCGGGCUCAAAAAGCACGGGGCUCGAAACUAUCGAAAUAGGGUGCCUUCUUCUGGCAGGAUGGGAGGGAGAGGGAAAGGGAGUUUCGGCGGUUAGCGACGAAUUUUGACAGCUUGUUGCUUCUUUUUUUUUCGGAAUGCUUCAUGAGUUGUGUAUAGCGCUGUUUUUGUUAGAAUCAACAUUUGUCGGAAUAAAUUACCACUCAACUUAAUUAGCUUUACCCUCAAUGCCAGCACUACGGGUUCAACCGUUUUUCAAGGGUUACGUUACUGCUUGAUUUUAAUGGCCUGAGAGUUGUGAAGACUUUGAGUUGCAUCACAUUGUUGAUGGUAGUAUAAUGCUGCAUGUUAUUACUUUUAUUACUUUGUUUAAACGCUUCACUAACAAAGGAGAGCUGCUAUAACUAUCUCCAUAGACCCAGUUUCAAAACACUUCAACUUGUCGUCAUUAAUCCUCCAUCUACUCCUCAGUUUAUAAUCAUAGAAUGCUUCCAUCAUC